CGGAAUUGGAAACUUGAAAGUUGAGCAUUUUUGGAUAUCAGGUAUAGACUGAGUGGGCCGCGGCCCAACACCAGCAACGAGUGAGGGCACCGGUUUUGCAUACCUAGCGAUGCCGACGACGACGCAGAGGCCGCCCAUGCGGGAUGGGUAGACUGGGCAGACUUGAGGUGAAUGAUGUAGGAAUAAGAUAAGGCCUUACCAUUGUGUAGGUGAAUAGGUGACUCGGAUAGGACGAAGUUGGAUGAAGGUUGCAGUCGUCGUUUGGUGUGAUUUCAGUAACAUUAAGCUGGUAGGUACAAAGUUCCAGCAGGUCAUGUUGGUGGCCUCACAUCCAACGCAGAUCCACAAGGUUCACUCUACGGCGCUCUGCGAUCGCUGUAUGGAGCGCAUUCAAGGAGCAUGGUACCGAUGCGCCUAUUGCGCGAAAGACCUCUGUGGAGAAUGCGAGUCUCUUGACACUCACGACGAGACCCACAUAUUUGUCGUAUUCAAGGCUCCUGUCGACAUGGUUUACUUCCGGAAACCCCGACGACAGCCCGCCAACCAUAACCUUUCCGGUGUACCGCUAGAUGUAUGCCAAUAUAUCCCUGAUGUUCUACACACGGUGUAGCCAAACAAUUUCAUACCUUGGACCGCAUCUUCAUGUAAUGUAAUACAUGCAUCUUGGAGCGCUAAAGCUGGUGCUCCCUACUCCUACUUC